GAGAGAGUGACAGAGAGAGAGAGAGAGAUUCACCUGGAUUAAAUCUAUCCCAAGCUGUUGAGACACACGAAAGGGAGGGCACCAGGAUUACACACACACACACACACACACACACACACACACACACACACACACUGAUCUACCCCAAGCUGUUAAAACUCUUCACACUCAAGGCCAAUAGACAGAAGAGGGAAAUCAUGCCAACAUGUUAAAGAGUAGAAAUGUAAUUGUGUAAUUCUUGUGUAAGAAUAUUAAAUAUUACUCACUCUGGCGUCAUCGGGCAUCAAGGCAGGAUACACCCUGGACGGAGUGCCAACCCAUCGCAGGGCAUAUUAAAUAUUACAUUAAAUAAAAUAUAUUAAAUAAUUUUAUAUGGAUUCAUAUUUUAGGGUAGUUGUUCAUUUUGGCUUUAUCAAAGCACAAGUAGAGGAAAGAAAGUCUAAUAGAGAGAUUUAAUGUGAGAGAGAGAGAGAGAGAGAGAGAGAGAGAGAGAGAGAGAGAGAGAGAGAGAGAGAAACUUUAGUGAGGGAGACAGAAAGUGAACCAAAACCAAUGUAAUACAAUAUAGAACACACACUUCACUGGAAAUGACACGUGACCUGUUUCCCACACACACUACAUUUCUCCUGAGGAGGACAAGGAUGGAGGGAUGGGUGCUACCUCUUCUUGUGUGCCUGCUCUGUGGAAGAGUCUCCAGCUCGGAGUAUGAGCUUGGCACUCACCCACGCUUCAUCUGCAGUCCCAUUCCCCCUGAUGCCCCCUGCAUCCCCUCAGACAGCUCUAGUCACCAUGGUGGCCAUCACGGUGCCCAUUACGGUGAGCAUCACAGCAGGCACCAUAACAGCCAUUAUGGUGGCCACCACGGUGACUCCUGGUUGGGUGUGUCGGAUGAAGCCACGCCCACCAUCUUACAUCUGCGUGAGAGCUUAGUGCAGCAGAAGGAGACGAUUCUGGACCAGAGGGAGACGAUCCGCGAGCUCACCUCCAAGCUGGCACUCUGUCAGGGCUUUGGGCACGGCCUGGGUGGACACGAGCACGGACAUAGCCAGUACAGGCAUUACCACGGCAACGAAGAGCACACGGGCGACGAGACGAUGAGUCUAUCGCACUCGAGCUCUCCGGAGCAGAUGAGCCACAUGCUGACCACGUUAAAGGAGAGACUGGAAAACCUGCAGACGCACAACACGUCCACGGCGUACUCUGCCUCUCUGAAGGAGCUGCUGCGGAGGAAGAUCUCAGCCCUCGAACAGCGGCUGCUGCAUCAUGCAACGUCCAUCACUGACGGCAACCACCAGCACGGUGAUGACGAGGAUGAUGAUGAUGAUGAUGUACACCACGAUGGGCAACGUGACGGAAACAACAAUCACCACGAUGACAGUCGUCAUGACAGUGAAACCGGUGGACAUGAGAACCCGAGGUCAUUGCACCGCUCGCAGGAUCGCCGGAUGACCCGUGACGAGCUGGACAAAGUGCUGAAGCAGCUCACACACGGCGCCCGCUCGAACACAGGUACGAGAAAGAGAAGUAAAUCUUCCAGAAGUUUCCAGAUUGGCUUCCCUAUGCGCACAAACUACAUGUAUGGGAGAGUGAAGCGAACAGUGACGCAAGAGAUUUACGCCAUGACACUGUGUAUGUGGCUGAAGGGCGGAGCCUCAGGCAUAGGCACGCCCUUUUCCUACUCCGCCCCAGGACAAGCGAACGAACUGGUGCUGAUUGAGUGGGGAGACAAGCCGAUGGAACUGCUAAUCAAAGACACGGCGGUGAUAUUACCACUCUCGCUGCAUGAUGGGAAAUGGCACCACGUGUGUGUGACGUGGUUGGCACAGGAUGGAGUAUGGGAGGUUUAUCAGGAUGGAGCAAAGAGAGGAUCAGGGGAUAAUCUUAAUGCCUGGCAACCCAUCAAGCCUGGAGGAGUUUUUAUUUUGGGACAGGAACAGGACUCACUUGGCGGACGUUUCGACGCCACUCAGGCUUUCGUUGGUGAAAUCUCAGACCUGCACCUCUGGUCUCACACACUCACUCACCAUGACAUCUACAGUCUCGCCUCUUGCCGAGGUCACAUGACCGGUGAUGUCAUAAACUGGGCAGAGUCGGUGGUAGAACUGCACGGUGGGGUCACCAAGUACCCAUUUGAUCCCUGUCAUUAAGGUUACUUACAUAUAAUAUAGAAAAUGUUUAGGAACAGAUGAAGUGAUGAUGAUGAUGAUGAUGAUGGUGAUGAUGAUGAGAGGCUGGUGUGGGAAAAUCUGCUCUGAGAAAAGGAACACAACUGAUGAUAGACGCACCUAUAAAAUCUAGGAUGUUCUGCUAGAAAAAUAAAUGAUCAGCUUUAGUCUGGAAACAGAGACUCAUCACACCUCACUGUCACUGAUUCAUUCCCUUUAACAGCUUUUUUUUUUUUGAAAGAUACAGCAACACCAAAGAAGCUAGUUAAAUAGUAAAUAUUACUAUAGUGAAAGUUGAGUUUCAGGUGUAAAGUGCACUAUAUAAGCAGGACAGCAGUAGUUAGGGUGUAGGAACCAUUUCUAAUGUGUCUCCCUGCUCUGAUGUCUAGUGCACUAAUUAGUGCGAAAGCUUUUUUCGAACGUGAUUAUUAAAACGCACGGUUACAAUAAAACGUAACACAAGAGACAUUUGCUCUCUUUUGAUUGUUGUGUGUGUAUGAUUGUAUGUGCAAGCAAAUAAAACUGUACAAGUUUAGAGUAUUCUGUUCAACACGUGUUGUGAUGUUGAAAAUAAACAGCAGGGGGCGACAGAGCGACUGGACUGAGCUAAAA